UUAUGUGGACAUAUUGAAGCAACAAUUCCAGACAUCAGUUAAAGUUAAAGUUUGGUCGCAAAUGGGUCUUCCAAAUUUCUCACCAGAGGGCCGUGUGUGUGCUGCAGUGUUUGACUGUAAGUUCAUCGAGACGUCAGCAGCAAUGCAACACAACGUCUGGCCAACCUUCCAUGGCAUUGUACAGCAGCUACGACUACGCAGAGACACCAAGGAGAACAACAACCGCCGCAGACACACACACUCACACACACGCCGCGACAGCAUACCCAAGAAGGCCAAACGCUUCCUGGACAAGAUGGGGGCCAAGAACAAUGCCAACGUCGCAUUCCGUCUGAAGUCCAAAUCCUGCCAUGAUCUUUCAGUGCUCUAAGAUCCAGGACACACACACAACCCCACCCCUACUGCAGUCUACAUUAGACUGACCCCUCAAAACUGUCGCCCCAUUCGCCAGCCUCUGUGACGGUCUGGAGAAUCAACCAAUGGACAUGCAGUGUUCUGACAAUCUCAGCCGACAGAGAGAUUGAAAAAGGAAAAGAGAGAGGUGCUAGAUAAUUAGUGAUCUCUAAUCCUUUUAGGGUCAUGAGAGAGAUGUUAAUUCCUGUCCUUUUUUAAUCCCUCACUGAGACUCUCUCCUCUCUCUCUAUCAUCCCUCGUUCUCUCUCCCAAAAUGCUUGACCAGGGUUACCCAGACAAUUUGAAGCCUGAUAACAAGGUGCUUAAAUGUUCGUGGUUUUGUACAUAGUCCUAUCUGUCCGAUUGAG